AUCACAAUUUCUACAACUGAGACGCCAUCAAUCACAACUACUUCUACAACUGAGACGACAUCAAUCACAAUUUCUACAACUGAGACGCCAUCAAUCACAACUUCUACAACAGAGACGCCAUUUAUAACAACUUGUACAACUGAGACGCCAUCAAUCACAAUUUCUACAACUGAGACGCCAUCAAUCACAACUACUUCUACAACUGAGACGCCAUCAAUCACAAUUUCUACAACUGAGACGCCAUCAAUCACAACUUCUACAACAGAGAUGCCAUCUACAACAACUUCUACAACUGAGACGCCAUCAAUCACAAUUUCUACAACUGAGACGCCAUCAAUCACAACUACUUCUACAAAUGAGACGCCAUCAAUCACAAUUUCUACAACUGAGACGCCAUCAAUCACAACUUGUACAACUGAGACGCCAUCAAUCACAACUUCUACAACUGAGACGCCAUCUAUAACAGCUUCUACAACUGAGACACCAUCAAUAACAACAACUUCUACAACUGAGACGCCAUCAGUCACAACUAUUUCUACAACUGAGACGUUAUCAAUCACAACAAUUUAUACAACUGAGACGCCAUCAAUUACAACUUUUACAUCUACGACGCCAUCAAUUACAACUUCUACAUCUAAGAGAUCUUUCAUUACCGCUUAUGUAACAAAAACAGCCACAUAUAAACAAACGACUGCGACUAAAUUUGUAUCCGCUUUGCACUGCAGUAAUUCUACUAAAUUGGAAUCUAACUUUAGUGUUUUAGCUGUUCUUUCUUUCUUCUAUCUAUUUAAAGUAUAAGAUAGAAAAUUUAAAACAUAAGAUAGAAAAUUUAAAAUAUAAGAUAGAAAAUUUAAAAUAUAAGAUAGAAAAUUUAAAAUAUAAGAUAGAAAAUUUAAAAUAUAAGAUAGAACAUUUAAAAUAUAAGAUAGAAAAUUUAAAAUAUAAGAUAGAAAAUUUCAAAUAUAAGAUAGAAAAUUUAAAAUAUAAGAUAGAAAAUUUAAAAUAUAAGAUAGAAAAUUUAAAAUAUAAGAUAGAAAAUUAAAAAUAUAAGAUAGAAAAUUUAAAAUAUAAGAUAGAAAAUUAAAAAUAUAAGAUAGAAAAUUUAAAAUAUAAGAUAGAAAAUUUAAAAUAUAAGUUGGAAAAUUUAAAAUAUAAGAUAGAAAAUUUAAAAUAUAAGAUAGAAAGUAAACAUACGAAAUUUUAAUAAUGUAAAACAGACUCAUCAAAUACGCCAUUUUUUUUUAACCACAGUUAGUCUUUUCUCAAUUUUGUCACAUGACUUCCAUGACAGGUGUAUACGUCACUGUUGGGAUGACAAUUGUGUUAAGUAGACGAAUUUUUGACCCACGACAGCUUGGCGAAACAUCAUUUGAUUCCAAAUCAUCGAGUUAUAUCCACUUUGGAUCAAAGUAAAAUGCCGCAAUUUUUACAAAGCUUAUGUCGUGUCUGUCUGUCUGUCUGUCUGUGUGCUAAAAAGUGUGUACACGUUUUAUUUCCCCCAAACCCGUUCUCGAAUCAAACUGAAACUUUGCACAAUUAUCCAUUGACAUACAGAAGACAUGAAUCAAUAUAAAAAAGUUAAUAAUUAAUAACUGGUAAUUCAUUACUUUGUUUAAUAGCAACAACGGAAACUAAUAAUUUAGUAUUCACAUAUAUAGCUAAAUUUGUUGGGUUUAGUCCCUCAAAUGAUUUUUAACGCUAUUUUUCACUUACACAUUCUCCGAAAUAUAAAUGCAUUUUUUUAAAGUUCGGAA